CAUAUCGGCCCAGGGUACAACCAAGGACAGAAGAACAAAAUCGACAAUUGGUUGGCCGAUCCCCUGCGUGCACAUUUUACCUAAUUACACCAAUAUCAGAGAGAUUGGUGACCUCACGACCCGCAUGCGAAUAUGCAUUUGGUCAUGGCCGCUGCUCUCUCGUCGUGCUGCGUUGGACACAAUGCUCGGUAUACAGGGAUGGCGCACACUCUUUCCUCCCGCCUCACUGACAAGAGGCGUAUACGCACCUAGGUCUCGGGAACGGCUUUCUACAUAUGCACACACACACACACACACACACACACACACACACACACACACACACACACACACACACACACACGCCUCUCUCUCUUACACCACGUUGAGAUCUAUCCCUAGGCAGUACAACUGCGCAGGCCACGGAACUAACACCUCCUCCCUGUCAAGCGAUGAAUUCCUAAAUUCGUCACGGGAGUAACGAAUGGUCUAUGUAUUUACCAGCAUGGCGAUCCCUCUACACCCGUCCCCGUGCCGGGCGGU